AUGCCUCGUAUCCUUCGCUGGACAAUGAGCAGGCCGCAGAUUCUGUUCCUCUCUUGCAUCGGUUUUGCAGUCGCUCUUACUGCUAUGCUCUACGGGAAUAUCCUACAUUCUUCGACUUUAACAUCUAUUUUCUCAAAGACUAUGUCUUCCUCCUCUUCGACUCUUCGUCCGGUGGUUGUGGUCGGCUCCGGUCUCGCCGGAUUAUCGGCAUCGUAUGAGGCUCUGCAGCGGGGUGCCCCAUCGGUUCACCUACUUGACCGCGCUCCGAAGCCUGGCGGUAACAGCAUCAAGGCUUCGUCUGGUAUAAACGGUGCGGGCACAAAGUAUCAGCGCGCUGCUGGGAUAGAGAGUGAUACGCUCUUCUAUAGCGACUCUGUACGCUCCGCCGGAUCACGGUUCCAUCUCAACCAACCGCCCGUCGAUCGCAAAGCUCUUGUUACGAAACUCACAACUGAAUCAGCAGCCGCCGUCGACUGGCUUGUUGAUGAAAUCGGGGUAGAUCUCAGCGUUGUUGCACCUCUUGGUGGCCACAGCGUUGCUCGCACACACCGCGGCGCUGGAAAGACGCCCCCUGGAGCAGCCAUCAUAAUCGCUCUACUGAACAAACUCAAGGAGAACAAGAACUUCUCAAUAACUAACCUUGCAGAGGUUAAGGCACUUUUGAAAGAGGAGGAUGUCGUCAAAGGUGUUGAAUACGAAUUCGAGGGUCAGAAGCACAAUCUCGAGGGUACAGUUCUAUUCGCCAGUGGCGGUUUUGCUGGUGAUGCUACAGGUCUUCUAGCACGCUAUCGCCCUGAUCUCAAGGGUAUUCCUUCAACGAACGAAGAAAGACCUGGAUCUCACGAUAUUCUUACAUCUGUUGGGGCUGAGCUGUUAGACAUGGACAGCGUUCAGAUUCACCCCACAGGAUUCGUCGACCCCGCGAGUCCCAACACCAUGCUCAAGUUUCUCGCGGCCGAGAUGCUCCGUGGCGAAGGCGGCAUUCUCCUUUCACCCGAAGGAUCACGUUUCGUAAACGAAAUGGACACUCGCGAGCACGUCAGCGACGCCAUCAUGAAGCUCCCAACUGCUUCUGAUGGCGACGGCGCUAUCAAGCAGUGGGAUAUUACAAUUCUUCUCGACCCCGGUGCUUCUGCAGCAUCAGCCAACCACAUCGGUUUCUACGAGUGGAAGGGUCUCAUGAAGAAAGUCAAGGUGCGCGAUCUACAACCGGCUCAAAUCGCUGCCAUCGACAAAUACGCCAAAGCCGUGGCCGACGGUGCAAAUGAUGAGUUUGGCCGUACACAACGCGGUCGCUGGACGCUCAAGGCCGGAGAAGCGAACCGCGAUGAGGAUAUUUACGUCGGACGUGUAACACCCAUUACACACUUUACUAUGGGAGGAGUUGCCAUCGACGAGAAGGCUCGAGUGUUGAAGAAGAGUGAAGAUAAGCUUGUGCCUAUUCCUGGUCUGUUUGCGGCUGGAGAGAUCACCGGUGGCAUUCAUGGCGAUAAUCGUUUAGGAGGAUCUUCACUGCUAGAAUGUGUUGUUUAUGGACGGACGGCUGGUGCUGAGGUUGUCAAAUCGGUUUAG